AUGGCCAACGCAGCCUCGAACAAAGCCGCUGAGAAUGUCUGGCAGGUCGCAGAACUUCUCGAGGAAAUUCUCCUUCGUCUACCGCUCCACGACCUCCUGGUUAGCCAGCGAGUCUGCCGCACCUGGCACACCGGCACGUCUUCCAUCCUCGAAGCACUCUUCCUACAGCCAAGGCCAGGCAGAUGCACGUAUCGCAGCACGGGCCGCAACCCUGGCUGGAAGAACCUCGACGGCGAUGCGGUCUCACCUGUCUACAACCCAUUCAUCAGCAAGGACUUCGUCUUCAUCCCCGACUUAGAUGCCGACGAAAUGCUGGCAGCCCUCCCAUACGGUGGCGAGAUCAUCCACUACGGCCUGGUGGCUCCAGACCCUUUCAUCAAGAAGCACCAGCAGCUAUACCAGCAAGUCAACUUCCUCGGCAUGGGUGCCAGUUGGCGCAACAUGCUUGUGAUGCAGCCACCAGCGACUCAGAUCGAGUUCGACUGCGACAACCACUGGUAUGAGGUCACGGGCAACAUUUCCACUACCAUCAGCAAUCCAAACGGUGUCACCUGGGGCGACUUGGUCGAUGCUUAUCGUGCACAUUGGAUGCAGUGUCUCAACUGCCCGAUAUGGGGUACGCCAGAGCUGGAUGGGCCAGCGCGGUGGCCGGUCAAUGGUGGAAGAGAGCUGAGGGUGAUGGAUAUAGGUACCGGCAUGGACUCGUUGAACAGGAUCAAGGAUAUGGGCAUCGAUGUAGCGGCGGAGGCUAGGAGUAAAGAUGAGGAUGAGGACCCAGAGGAAGACGAAGAGAGCGAAGACGACGACGAGCUUGAUGGGGAUGAUACUGAGUAA